AUGCACAGCACUUCGUUCUACAAGCCCUACUUCUGGGUCACCUUUAUGGCCUACAUUGUGGGACUAGUAACGACCGUCGUCAUCAUGCACGUGUUCAAGACCGCUCAGCCCGCUCUGCUAUAUCUGGUACCCGCCUGUCUUGGAGCGUCAAUGAUGUUGGCGGUGGUGCGACGAGAAGUGACGCUGCUGUUUGCGUACAAGGACAGUGAAGCCACACCGGUGAAGGGCGCUAAGGCCGUGAAGAAGGAGUAG